AUGUCGUCCUCAACUGGUCGCGUUCAGCUUCGCGACUACUCUUUCACACCGAGAGGCAACGCAUACCAGCUGGAUAAUGCGUUUAAGGAUCGUCCUGAUCCUUGGUUUGUGACGGCGUAUGAUCCAUGCUCCCAUUUUCUCUCCAAACACACUCCGCGUGCAGCCAGCAUCGAUACACAGGCGGAGGCGGUGGAACCGGGUAGAGGCCAACGCAAAUACCUCGUGGUCGGGGUAAUUCCCCUUCAACAUUUCAAGGGAAAAAGCGCCGAAAUCUCAAAGGCGGAAGCGGUUGUUGACACAGUGCCGACCAACUACAUCAAGCCCAACAAGGAUCAUGUUGCAUUGCGUGUCGCUACGCCGUUGACAUUGAAACGACCUCCCCAAAUCAAGUUGUAUGCCCUGCACACGCAGAAUAGCGUUACCAAACUCUACAAUACCCAGAUUGUGAGCGCCGACAUAACGUACUUCUUCUCAGAAUAUCGGACUUUCGCUACUUCUGUCGGUAGUCGGAAGACGGAAUGGCAUGAAUUAGUGGCAGCGAAGAGCGUCUGUGGUGUUGAGGACCCUCGCCCAGACAAGACUCUUGGUGAGGCGGAUCCGGCUUAUCAGACCGACCUUACAACCGCUGCUAUUGAACAGAUCAGAUGUCAGCUCAAAAAUCUUGGUGUUGGUCCGCAUGCGAAAGUCCUCGAAAAGGCAAUGGAGACCAUUGAUGACGAAUUCCGACCGGUCAUCAGAGAGGCGCCCAUACUCUCGGCCAUCGACAAGUUAAUUUUAAUCAGUGAACCGUUCGGUCAAGGCAUCGAGGAAGCAAAAGUCGAAUUUUCCACCCAAGAGGCUCAGCUAUUCCUCAGCAUCUCUUGCUGCCAGCUUGAGCUUAAAGGCGCAGAAAUCAAAAUCCGCGACCUGUUAAGCAACACAGCCAAGUUUGUGAAGGAGAUGCUUGGGUCGCCAGUCGUCACCUUUCUCAUCGGAAAGACACAGACGCCGAUUCGAAUCCAUGCCGCAGUUGUCCAAAAUCUAUCAGAUCCCCUCGCCGAGCUCAUCCUCCAGCAAGCUAGCGAUGAAAAGCCCAUCAUACUCGAGGAUGCAGAAGCCGAGACGUUCACACGCUUCACUGAGUUUGCAUACCAGGGUACUUAUGUCACCCCCGUGGCCAACGACGCGAAGAUGACUGUCCCCGCCCACGAUGAGAAUGGUGAUGACUUCACCAUCCAACGAGGAUAUCCAAUUACUGGCACGACCAGUUCCGUCGCUCGUACAAGUUCGCCCUCACGCAACAUAAGGUCCUCUCACCGCGAGUUCUACGAACAGUUUAGAUACCUGCAUUUCUACGAUGGCCCUGCCAUGGACUCCGUCAACCCAAACAUCAUGUUCCACGCGAAACUGUACGUUGUUGCUACGGAAUUUCAAGUCUUGCCUCUGCAGCGACAGUGUCUCAGCAAAUUAUACAGAGAUCUUUGUGACUUCUACAUGAAUCCUGGCGACUUGGGUAUUGUUCUUGAUAUGAUUGAUUACGUAUAUACUCAGACGGAGCGACAUGAGCUCGGAGAAGAAUCUUCUCUUCGAAACUUGGUUUUUCAGUAUAUUCUGUGCCAGAUUGGCAAGUUGGCUGUUGAUGACAGUUUUGACAAGAUUGUUGCGAGCAAUGGAAAUCUUAGGGGGGACAUCUUGAGGGAGGCUUUGAAGCUAACACGGCUCAUUAUUUUUACCGUCCUACGGCUGGUGAGAGAAUCCUCUUCUUACAUCGUCAAGAGACCCAACCACCUAUCAUCCGAGGAGUGCUCCGGAGACUCGCUCAUCUUCACGCUCUUUGAAGGAUAUCUUCUCUUGCUUUCCACCCCAACUCCAAGCUUGAAAGAAAUGACCGACUACGAAAAAAUCAUGCGGUCUUCGCACUUUACCUUUCUAGUUGGAGACGACAAAACACCUCUGACAAUCCACGUCGCAGUGUUGGAGAAGCUCUCCGCUCCCCUAUACGCACUUAUAAAUAAUGGAUCUAUGAAGGAAUCUCGAGCGGGGUUUGCACUGCUAGACGAUGUGGAUGUUGAGACUUUUGUGGCGUUUUCCGAAUUCGCGUACACCGAUGGAUAUAAGACGCCUGCUCGAAAGAAUGAUGCAGAGAAAUUUCCAAGAUCCAAUGUUUCCAAAUCCAGUCGAAUUUCAAAGCGACCCCGGACCUUCGAUUCCGAACUACAGAAACUAAGGUGGGAUUUCAAUGAAUCUUACUAUCAUUCUCGAAAUGCCAAAAAAGACUUCGAUGACUAUCUUUUCGAGAGUAUAAAGAACAGUUUCAUGGCCCGAAGAGGUGGUAGCGUGGCGAAUAACAAAACAAAAGACAAUUUUAUCUUUCACGCCAAACUAUACGUCUUUGCAACGAAAUACCUUAUUGAGCCAUUGCGCAAGGCAUGCAUCUCAAACCUUCAGUUCGAUCUCAUAAAAUACGAGUUAACAAAUAAGAACUCGCAUCUGGUUCUUGAUCUGCUGGAGUACGUCUAUUCAAACACCGGACGAAGUGAACCAACGGGCAAAUCAGCACUUCGGGACUUAGUCAUUCACUAUACCGCUUACAAGCUGCCAAUUCUCUCCAAGCAUGAGGCUUUUUCCGUUCUCCUGGAGUCAAAUGCGGAAAUAGGGUCGGACUUGGUCAUGGAAAUGAUGAAAUAA